CCGGUCUGCUCGGUUCGACGACGUCCCGCAGAUUUUAGCUUGGACUUCUCUACCUAGUGCUGUCGGUUAUUAUCUACUUCUUCGUGCACCACGACAGUACAUGACACUGGUGAAGAAAAAAGCUUCAUCUCGUCCAGAAGUCGCGUACGCUCGGGGUCAACGUGCAAAAUAGAUCGGUAACAACGUACAAACCGUACUAAGAGCGCUUUGUUCCUCGUGCUGGUGCGCCCUCUACUCCUACUUCGUCCCAAUAUUACACUUUAUCGUCCCGAUGUUGGUCUUUAUGAGUAGAGUCAGGAUGGUGCACAUAGAGUCGUCGGUUGAAGGGAAUUCUUAUACGGAGAACAAGAUUUUAGAAAUGCGCUCCAGUUCAUCUUGUGGUUGUGCCGACGACUGUACAUACUCAUACAACUAUUCCAAAUAACUUUUACAGGAAAGGCAUCGAAGGAAACAACUCUUCCAAAACCACCCCAAGAACGAAACAAGGUUUACAAAGCCCGUGUUGUACUUUUCUUAGUACACAGAAAAAGCAAACACUCGACAACUCGAAAUCGGCAAACAAACUGCAAGAACAACUUCUUCUCUCUCGGUUUUUAACCAAACAGGAAAGAAGUUCCUCAACAAGAGACCACUUCUCAAAGAACUCUACAACCAUGGUGCUCUCUUUCAUGAUCUCCAAGAAGCUGAUCGCGGGGCUCUUCCUCGCCCUGGCGGGGGGCUUCUUGACCACUUCGGCGUAUGGAAGCGUCAGAAUUGAAAUCGACAAAGUUGAAACAAUUUCUCAUGCACAAAUUGCGAGGCAUGAGGUGCCUCUCUUGCAGGGAUGGCAAGUCAGUGAGGCCGACUUUCAGCCUGUUUGGGGUCUGCGAUAGAGCUGCCAGAGUAGCAUGACAAAAGACGCCCUCUGUCCCUAAGCAGCAUAACAAACUGGAUCUAGGCACCACCAAAAUUUGUCAUGCGUUACUGGGAAACUGGGUUUCAACUGGCAUCCAUUUUAUGCAUGCCAAACUAUUUCAACUUUGACGAUUUCGAUCCUGGCGCUUCCAUACGGCGACCGCGUUCCGUAUCCGCAUGGACGUCGUCAACAAGCAGCAGUAUCGGCUGUCCAUAUCCUGUGCAAAAGUAUCGUACUCGUAGUAAUUGCGUUUAUGCAUUACAAAUCUCAUCCCCAAGGUAAAUCAGCAUUACAAAUCUGAUUUGUAGUGCUGGGCUAAUUUGUAAUGCAAUUUAUACUAGUAUGAUGCUUUUGCAUUGCAUAGUCCACUACGGAAAGCGAACACACGAACGUCGCGGUUACCACGACGAAGAAACUCGGUUUGUGGGAGUCCGUGAUGACUGCCAUCGGUGCGAAGCAGCGGCCGUUAUGUACUGCAAACAUGUUGUCGUUGGUUGGGAGGUUCUUCUUGUUGUGUGGGUUUGAUGAUGUAAUGUUGAGAAGUUCUUUGGAAAGGAUGUUGUUCUUUAUUCUCUUGUGAAGUCUGUAAUGAGUAUGAACCCUCUCAUUCGCGUUGCGCUACUUCUUUGUCAGGCAAAAGUCACGCGAUAUGUCAUGUGGAUUUUUACGCACUUCAGCACCGCUCAAAUAUUUUUUUUCAUUCUUGGCUGCGUGGCAAGUACACCUAGUCAGUUCAGUUGAGCACUCGUUUUUUUAUUUUGAGCAUGACAACUUCCUAGAGGUAGAGCCAGAAGAUGACCCAAAUGACAACUACGUGUUUGCAUGUGAUCAAAUGCAGCGGUAUCCACAGUAAAUUUCCUGUACAUGUACAAAUGCAGUCUCUGCAUGACAAAACUUGCCUUCAAUCCUAGUGUAGCAUGACAAGUUGGACACUGCAAGUUAGCGAAAUUUGUCAUGCAUUUUGUACAUGUACAGGAAAUUUACAUUGCAUAAGCGGGCGAAGGCGGGGAUGAUCAAGGCGCUGGAAAUGGCGCUGACAACAAGACCGACAACAAGGACGCAGCGGAUGCCGCUUGUAUCCUGUGUAAAAAGCUACGUUCCCGACACCGCCCCAUAGCUAACAUAAGAAUUCCGCAACACAAAUCCAGAAUUUUUGGGAGGGCCCUCCACGCAUCAUGGGAGAAGUUUGAGUGAUGUUGUGCCGUGUAGUAAGUAGAUGAAGUCGCGCACCUCCACCCUAGAUGGAGCUUCUUCUAAUGCGGCCGCGUCACAAAUCCAAAUCGAUUGCCCCACUAAGAUGGUCGGUGGAGCGUGACAGGAGCUUCUUUCCAGUGCUAUCAAAUGGGACUAGAAAAUGAGAAGUCGCCUGGCAAGCUGCGUCAGUAGAGUCAGAGAUGUUCAUGCUCUGGGCAUCAAAAAGAACAUUAGCAUGUAGAUUUGCAUAAGCAUAAAGGUGGAGAUAUGAUGGGGUCGUUGGGACGUAGACGCUUUUUCUCAGGAUAGCUUGCGGCUGCUGCUGCAUCACGAUGAUUAUCAUUUUCGCGGUCCUUAUCAAAUGUAAAAAUGUCUGGGUCUGGAAACUUGUGAUGCUGCGUUGGGAAUAGUGAAUGCUCUGUGUUGAUGCACAGCCAAGCAUGAGAAAUCUCUGCGCUUCUUUGUGUUGCGUUUUUCGCAUGACAAACUGCGUUUUUGCAUGACAGGCAAAAGGGUCUCUUCUUGGACACGCAUCACAAACUUUUUGGUCAUGCCAGACAAGCAUGACAAGUGUCGCAAUCUUCCAGACCCAGACAUUUUUACAUGUGAUAGUCCUCCUGCCCCUCAUCAUCACCGGGGUGGUGGUCUACUUCAUCUUCUUUGCCGCCGCAGCCGGGGUCAAAGCAGCGUCGAAGUAAAAACUGCUGGCGCAUUCAUCUUUACUACAGCCAUGUAUGACCGGAAGAUGAAAUGAAUUUAACGCAGAAGAAGAUGAGGAUGACUUUAAGGGAAACUUCUACAAGCAAGUACUCAAGCACUUUGUGUCAUCAACAACAUGUCGCCGGAUCAAUCAAGAACUUCUGUAGCAUCUAUCGAUUUAUGCAUAGUAUGCUUCGGAUAAAAAUACUGUGGUAUUUACUAUCCUGCAAAGAUUUUGAUUUUUGAGUAUUUGUCCCAGGCCCUAAAUACGUAACUUAUCAUGCGCGGAGAGCCGCUGCCGCACUGGCACUGGAAGAGAUAUGGUGUGCAAGUCACUUUUUUGGACGCCACAUCUUCUCCGUUUUGAAGAAUUCUUUCUGUAGUUGCGAUCACGAAGAAGUUUCCAUGUGGUUCUUGCAUUUUGAUUUCAUAACUUUCGUUCGAGAAAUUUUGCUUCAUAAAAAAAACGGCUUUGAGUAGUUCUUUGACGACGACAUCACAACAAACUCAACUAACGACCCUUUCCACGAGCUCCACUAAGCUAUUGACUGUGACCUUUGUUCACAUAAGUAUCUCAUGUCUUCUUUUUACCUAACUCCUUUUCAAAAUUAAGAGCUGUUGUACACUAUUUUUCUUCAGUAUUUUUACACUAAUGACGGAGAUUUAUUCCUAUCUCCACCCUUUUCGGAAAACCACGAGAAUCGUUCUGAUCGUCCACGUCAUUCUCGUGGGUCUGGCCUUUUUUGCACAAUAAAUGUCAUCCCCCAUUCAAUUUGUAACUCCUAAAGC